AUGAAAAAUGAUGCCAGUCAAUUGGCCGCAUCUGGACCUUCUGCAGCAGUUUAUUCGUUCCAGGGGUGCGUAGUGCUCAUCAGUCUUUUAUUUCUUGCCUCAGCCACAGAGGAGAAGAAAGCAGAAGAUGUUAAAAAAGUUGAAGAUACAAAAACAUCAGAAACACAAUUAGAUGAAAAGAAACAAGAUAAACGUGGUAUAUAUGGUAGCUUUGGUGGUGAUUUUGGAGGUAGCCAUGGUGGAUAUGGGGGUCACCAUGAAGAGCACGUGAAAACAGUCACUGUUGUCAAAAAAGUACCCGUUCCAUAUCCAGUUGAAAAGGUUGUACAUGUACCAGUUGAAAAGCACGUACCAUACCCAGUAAAAGUACAUGUACCUCAACCAUAUCCCGUUGAAAAGAAAGUACCGUACCCCGUUAAAGAGUAUGUAAAAGUACCCAUUCCUGUACCAAAACCAUAUCCAGUUGUAAAACAUAUUCCAUAUCCAGUUAAAGUACCAGUCGAUCGUCCCUAUCCAGUUAAAGUACAUGUACCACUUCCUUAUCCAGUAGAAAAGAAGAUUCCCGUACCAGUAAAAGUACCAGUUCCUCAUCCAUAUCCCGUUGAAAAGAAAGUUCCAUACCCUGUAGAAGUAAAAGUUGAAGUUCCAAAACCAUAUCCAGUUAUUAAACAUGUACCAGUUGAAGUAAAAGUUCCAGUUGAUCGUCCAGUCCCAGUUCCAGUACCAAAACCAUAUCCAGUUCACAUUGAAAAGAAAGUUCCAGUUCCAGUAGAAAAAUUAGUACCAUACCCAGUAAAAGUACCUGUAGAUCGCCCAGUACCUUAUCCAGUUGAAAAACCUGUACCAUAUCCAGUAAAAGUUCCAGUACCACAUCCAUACCCAGUUGAGAAAAAAGUACCAGUUCCAGUAGAAAAAUUAGUUCCUUAUCCAGUUAAAGUACCUGUGGAUCGUCCUGUACCAUACGAAGUAGUAAAACAUGUUCCUUAUCCAGUUGAAAAGAAAGUACCUUAUCCAGUUGAAGUUAAAGUUGCUGUACCCGUACAUGAAGAACAUUACGAGGGUCAUGGACUUGAAAGUGGAGGAGGCGAUCAUGGUGGAUCAUUGGGUGGACAUGAAGAAUAUAGUGGAGGUCAUGAAGAAAUAAGUAGUGGAGGUCACGAACAAAUUAGUGGAAGUUAUGAAGAAGUUAGUGGAGGUCAUGAAGGAGGAAGUUAUCAUUAG